CGGCCCGGCCAUGCGGUGCGGGGCGCUCCCGCCGCCCGCCCUCCUCCUCCCGCUGCUGCUGCUGAGCCUGCCGAAUUUUUUGCCAUCAUUUGGAAAGGAGACACUGCGGACAACAUCAGUUACUCUACAGUCUGAGCUCAAUAUAGCUUAUGAAGAUUUUAUUCAUCUUAACAUAGUAGAAAAGAAAAUUGUUAAUGAUUCCAAAGUUUCAGUUCAGUAUUUAUGUUCUAAGCCCUGCAUUGUCAACUUGGAAGCUGUAGCUUCCUCGGAGUUCAGAACUGGUGUGUCAGUGUAUAGGAAGAGAUGGAAGAAUGAGAAACAACUUCAUAUCAGUAAUACUCGAACACUGCAGUUAAAAUUCCCAAGCAUCAUGGUUUACAGAGAUGAUUUCUUCAUCAAACACUCCGUAAUAGUGGACGCUGUGAUACUGUAUGCAUGGAUUAGUCACAAACCUAUGGGGAGGUAUGAUGCUGUGGGCAAUGAAAGCUACCAGCAGGCAGUUGCCAGGAAUUAUACUUUUCUGGAAACAGUUCCACCUCUUGAACGCCCAUACAAAGAUCACAGAAUAUGCUGGAAGUGGGGCUCUGAAUAUAUAUGGAAGCUCCAGGCAAGUUGGAUACCUCAGUGUCCUCAUGAGGAUGAUGCUGUCCAGAUCCUCAAUUUUCUGUAUGCAUCCACUGGAGAGAAAACAGGAAUUGUGAAGAAAUUUGAGAAAUUUAAGAACAAAGAGCUUGAGACAAUCAGACAGCAUCAGAUCGAUUACCCGGUGUUUACUAUUUCAGUCUGGCUUUAUUUGCUCCAUCACUGCAAAAAGAACCUGUGUGGAAUACUUUACUUUAUUGACCCCAAAGAAAUGUACAGUACCCCUGCUGUAUUUCUCAGUGAAGAAGGUUACAUUCAUAUUCAGAUGCACCUUGUUGAAGGAGAAGACAUUGCAGUGGUAACUAGUUUCAGCCUUCCUCUCAAACAGUGGUUUCGUCUAGAUCUCUCUUUUGAGGGUGGACAGAUAGAAAUAAGCAGUGUUGAGAAGAAUGUGAAAAGACAGCAGCAUCAGUCCUUUGAUUUUAGGGAAGAUUUCUAUUUUGAUGAUACAGCUGGAUACUUAGUUUUUGGAGGCAGUGUGUAUGCAUCUGGCAUUGAAGGAUUCUUUGGACCUGUGAAAUACUAUCGUCUUAGUGUUUUGGAAACAAAGCAGAUUUCUAAUCCUAUUUAUGACAGAGAAAUUAUGGAACAAAUUGAACUCUACUAUGAGAGCUGUGCAGACAUUCAAGAAAUAGUAUCCUGGUAUGGACACAUUGUACAACAAGGUCAAACAGUGCAUAAAGAUUGUAAACAAGAACACUAUUAUUCAUACCUGAACCACAAAUAUGGAGAGAAGCCCAAGUGCAAUGCCUUUAUGUGGAGGAAGGCUCUAAGGGAGAAAUAUCACAGCUUGUUCAAGCUGCUGCAAGAGAUGGAUUUCAGUUCACCAAGCGAAACUGGCCAGAAGAUAUUUGAGAAGGUUGCCAAAGAUCUCUCCAGAGCUGAUGGUCUAAGCUCCAUGAACAACUCAGUCCCCUUUUUGAUGGAUUCCAGCUGCUGUGGAUACCACAGAGCUUCUUAUUUCCUUGCAGUGAUUUUUGAAAUGGGACUCGGUGUGCCUGCAGAUCCUAUAAAGGGGCUGCUGUAUAGUUUGGUUGGUGCUCAGGGGAAUGACAGACUUGCAGGGUUGAAUCUUGGAUAUAAACAUUACCAAGGCAUUAAUAACUAUCCACUGGACUUUGAGCUAUCAUAUGCUUACUACAGCAAUAUUGCACUAAAGACUUCUCUUGAUCAACACACUAUAAAAGAAGAUCAGGCACUUGUAGAAGCUGUUAGGCUAACAGAUGAUGAACUACUAAAAUCUCAAACCAAAGAAACCGGUGAUAUCUUCAUGUGGUUAAAAUAUGAAGCAGUAAGGGGAAAUGCAGUGGCACAGCAAAGAAUGGCACAGAUGCUUUUCUGGGGCCAGCAAGGAGUGGCAAAAAAUCCCAAAGCAGCAAUAGAGUGGUAUCAAAAAGGUGCCCUGGAAACUGAGGACCCAGUAUUAAUAUAUGAUUAUGCCAUUGUGUUGUUCAAGGGCCAAGGCGUGAAAAAGAACACAAAACUUGCUUUAGAACUGAUGAAAAAAGCAGCAGCCAAGGGAUUACCUCAGGCAGUAAAUGGUUUGGGAUGGUAUUACCAUAAUUUCAAACAAAACUAUGUAAAAGCAGCCCAAUACUGGUUAGAAGCUGAAAAAAUGGGAAUUUCAGAUGCAUCCUAUAACCUUGGUGUUCUACAUUUAGCUGGGCUUUACCCUGGAGUUCCUGGCAGAAAUGAAACACGAGCUGCUCAGUACUUCUAUAAAGCAGCCCACGGUGGUCAUAUAGAAGGGACCUUACGAUGCUCUCUGUAUUACAUCACAGGAAAUAUGGAAGACUUUCCUAGAGAUCCUGAAAGAGCUGUAAUCUGGGCAAAACAUAUUGCAGAAAGGAAUGGCUACUUAGGUCAUGUAAUCAGAAAAGCUCUCAAUGCCUAUCUGGAUCUAUUAUGGCAUGAAGCUCUGUUAUAUUAUGUUUUAGCAGCCGAGACUGGUUUUGAAGUGUCACAGACAAAUUUAGCACAUAUCUGUGAAGAGAGACCAGAACUAGCAAGAAAAUACUUAGCCACUGAUUGUGUUUGGAGAUACUAUAAUUUCUCUGUUUUUCAAGUCAAUGCUCCCUCAUUUGCGUAUUUGAAGAUGGGAGAUUUCUAUUACUAUGGAUACCAGAACCAGUCCAAAGAUCUUGAGUUGUCAGUGUGGAUGUAUGCACAAGCUGCGCUAGAGGGAGAUUCACAGGGAUUCUUUAAUUUGGCCCUCCUCAUGGAAGAGGGCAGAUCCAUACCACCUCACAUUCUAGAUCGCUUAGAAAUUGACAGGACUCUUCGUUCAAAUAACAUUUCCAUUCUGCAGCAGCUUUAUCAAAGGUGCUGGAAUCAUAGCAACCAAAAUUCCAUUAGUCCGUGCUCAUUAGCAUUGCUUUAUUUUUACUUAAGAGUUUUCUGGAAUAACAUUUUGCCUUCUACUCAGAUCUACUUCAUGGGAACCUUUCUUGUUUCAAUACUGAUCGCAUUUGCAGUACAGUAUUUUCAGUCUCUAUCUGUAUUUUGUCCAGUCUGCUUUCAAAUGCUCUAAAUGAUCCACUACUACUCUCCUUGGGAGACUGAAAAAAAACCAAGAAAAUAUCUGAAAACAAACAAUAAUGAGAUUUACUGGAACAAUUACACUCUCUUUAGCUUCUUCUGAAUUUUAAUAGUCCUAAUCGCAUCCAGUUUAUCUCCAUCAUUAUCUCUCCCUGCAUUAUGUUCCAGCCUGCUUAGUUAUUGCUUAUAAAAAUGAUAUUGUAUUAUGUUGUAUUGUGUUGCAUUUAGCUCUUUUACUCCUACGUCAUAAGUCAGUCCAUUCAGCCUCAUGAAUAUUUCUUUCCCAUCUCUGAUUUCCUUCCUUCUCUUGAAAUCAUACUAGUGAACAAUAUCUUGCUUCCUGUUUGCAGAUACAGAUCAUACCAUGAAAAUUUAAGUAAAUUAGUAUAAUGGAAAUAAAACAAACACCCCCCACAAUGAAAUGGUUUAGUAUUUUUCAUGUUUCUAAUUCAUGUCAAACAUGUAGUUAGCAUCAGAUUAACCAGCAAUCAAAGGGAUUUUUAAUCCAACCUUUAUUUCAAGGUUCACAGAAAUAAUUAGGUUGACAGCCGAGAUCAGUUCUCUCUCCCACAUUACCCUAUAUAUUAAGUCUUUUUAACGUGUAAGUAAUUCCUUGACCCUUACAUUUGUUACUGAGCUCUGAAUAAAGCCUGAAACUGAUGGCUGGUUUAAACCUGUUAAUAUCUGACCAACUAUGUUAGGUAAAAGAGAUUCCUAGUAUAGCAUUAACUUUGAGAGAUAAUGGAAAAAAAGAUUAUUUCCUUUAUAGUUCUUAUAUCUCCCAGCAUGUAGUACUGCCUGAGUAAUCACUGAUGAGUUUGAUUUUAGGUGACUUUGACUUUAGAUACCAGAUGCAAUGAGCUGUGUUCCUGUACUCAAAUGCAGAGAGGUGGGUACAGCCAGCCAGUUGCAUAACAGUGGUUGAGUAGCAGCUCUAAUUUACUCUGCAUGUGUAAGAUACUUCAGUGACCUUAUACUAGUUGAGUAUCAAUUGAAGCAGAGCUUGUAUAGCUGAAAAUAGAUCAGGAGGACUGGAAAAUCCUGCACAGUGUUCUCUUUUCUGAUAAGGAGAAAGGAGAAAACAUAUCACACUUUAGUCUCUUAGGACUGCCAUCUAAAAUGACUUAUCUUAUUUUUUGAUUUAAGUAAUAUCACAGAGAAAAAUAUGUUCUAGUGGAGGAAAAAAAAAAUCACAAUAUAUGAUAGCUAAUGAUCUGUUAGUCACCAAAGGUGAAGAGCACAGCACAGUCAAACACAAAUAAAAAUACUAAUUUGAGACCACAGGCAAGCUUGCAUUUUAAAAAUGAGACUGAAUCUUUGACCAGAAAAUUAGUAUGUGGGCAAAUGAGGGAAAUAAUGUGUUCAUUCCACUAUAGUUUCUUGCACACUUAAAACAGUUAUCUUUUAACCUUCACAGAGUUGGCAAACACUGACGACAUUUUUAUUUUUAGAGAAUGAAGUAAAAUGAGUUAUACUAAA